UGUCAAACUGUCAUUACCAAGCAUUUUGCGAGUGGAACUAAAUUUUACAAUAAUUUGCUGAAUUUACGAAAAAAACUUCAGUUUUCCAUUGAUUUCUGUCGCCCGUAACUACUAAUUCGUUGAAAAUGGUUCUGGAAAGUACGAUGCUGUGCUUCGAUAAUAGCGAUUAUCAGCGGAACGGUGACUAUUUCCCGACCCGUCUGAACGCACAAAAGGAUGGCGUAAAUUUGGUGUGUUUGUCCAAGGUGCGCUCGAAUCCGGAAAACAACGUCGGUCUGAUGACGCUGUCCAAUACGACCGAGGUGCUGGCGACGUUAACCAGCGACGUCGGCCGGAUCCUGUCCAAGCUGCACCUGGUCAAUCCGGCUGGGAACAUAAAUCUGCUGACCGGACUGAGGAUUGCACACUUGGUGCUGAAGCAUCGCCAGGGCAAAAACCACAAAAUGCGGAUUGUAGUUUUCGUUGGAUCGCCGGUUAACCACGAUGAGGCCGAUUUGGUCAAACUGGCUAAGAAACUCAAAAAGGAGAAGGUUAAUGUGGACAUCGUGAGCUUCGGAGAUCACCAGAAAAACAAUGACAUUUUUACUUCGUUUAUCAACGUACUGAAUGGAAAGGACGGAACUGGAUCGCACCUGGUGUGUGUUCCUCGGGGUUCCGCUUUGUCCGAAGCUCUUAUUUCGUCUCCCAUUAUCCAAGGCGAAGACGGUACCGGAGGGGCUGGGCUCGGUGGUGCGGGCUUCGAAUUUGGAGUCGAUCCCAACGAAGAUCCGGAGUUGGCUCUGGCCUUGCGAGUUUCGAUGGAGGAGCAACGUCAACGUCAGGAAGAGGAGCAACGGCGUGCGCAGGGCAGUUCUGAACCUGGCGCCCAGGAAGGAACAUCUUCCGGUGGAGCUGCGUUGGCCAGUCAGACCAAUACGGAGGAAGCUUUGUUGGAAAGGGCUCUCGCUUUGUCCACUGACGACGCAAUGCCCGACUUUGCCAACAUGACCGAAGAGGAGCAGAUCGCGUUUGCCAUGCAGAUGUCGAUGCAGGAUGCCCAACAGGAGGCUCCGAUUUCGCAGCCGGCCAAACGCCAGAAGAAGGAAGAAACACCGAUGGAAGUGGACGAGGAUAUCAACGAGGUAAUUACCGAUCCGGAGUUCCUGCAGAGUGUGCUGGAAAAUCUGCCGGGAGUUGAUCCGCACUCGGAGGCCAUCCGCGACGCCGUUGGCUCGCUGAACAAGGACAAGAAGCAGUCUGAUAAGGAAGGCGAGGAUAAGAAAUAGAUCCUUGGAGGUAAUUCUAAAUCAUUAUAUACAUAAUUGCGUAAGUCUCAAUGGAAUUCAUUUUCAACAUAAUAAAAAUAUGAUGUAUCGAUA